AUGCAGCUCUCUCUCGUCCUCGUCUCCUUGUUUGCCCUCGCGGCCCAGGCCGUCCCCACGGAGCUCCUCCAGAAGCGCUCCACCACCUGCGGAAGCACCACCUACAGCACCGCCCAGGUCAACGCCGCCUCCAACGCCGCCUGCAACUACGUCCAGUCCGACACCGUCGCCGGCAGCUCCACCUACCCCCACCGCUACAACAACUACGAGGGCUUCGACUUCGACGUCAGCGGCCCGUGGUACGAGUUCCCUAUCAAGACCCAGGGCGUCUAUACCGGAGGCUCUCCCGGUGCCGACCGUGUUGUCAUCAACGCUGAUUGCCAACUGGCUGGCCAGAUCACUCACACCGGCGCCAGCGGCAACGAUUUUGUCGGAUGUUCCGGUACCUCGUAA